GAACGGGGCUUUGUUCCGUGAAGGGGGCCGGGUUAUUGCCGGGGAGGGAAGCGGGCUGGGCCGGCUCGGCCCUUCAUCCCACCCGCCGGGCCCGGAAGGAGGAAGCGUUCGCGGUGCGGGUUGUUCCCCCCCUCCCGGUGCGGGGUAACGGCUUUCCUCUCAGGCGAAAAUAGGAAAUUCUGUCAGUGCGGCGGAAGAAACGCUCCAUCGGGUUAUCCAGAGGCAGCUGUUCUGCAUCUACCCUGCUCCUGAAGGAGGGACUGAAGGAAAAGAAAUAUGGAUGUCAAGAGUAGAAAUUAUUUACUUAUGAAUCGCCAAGCAUUGGAAAAAGACAUCAAGACAUCUUACAUUAUGGAUCGUAUGAUUUCUGAUGAAGUACUAACGUUACAGGAGGAAGAGAAAGUGAAACAACAGAAUACACAGAAGGAGCGAGCAGCUAUGCUAAUAAACAUUAUUCUUACAAAAGAUAAUAAUUCAUAUAGAUCCUUUUAUAAUGCACUACUUCACGAAGGGUACAGAGAUCUUGCAGCGCUUCUUCAGGAUGGCAUCCCUGCCAUCUCCUCUGGUAACGGAAAGAGUUCAAUGGAUGGAAUGACUUCAUACGUUAAGACAGUUCUCUGCGAAGGAGGUGUACCACAGAGACCAGUUGUGUUUGUCACUCGGCCAAAACUGGUAGAUGCUAUUAAAGAGAAACUGUGCUGCCUGGGAAGUGAUCCAGGCUGGGUCACAGUUUAUGGAAUGGCAGGUUGUGGGAAGACUGUUUUAACAGCAGAAGCUUUAAGGGAUCAUCAGCUCUUGGAAGAUUACUUUCCGGGAGGAGUUCACUGGAUCUCUGUUGGAAAACAAGACAAAGCAGGGCUCCUAAUAAAACUUCAGAAUCUCUGUAGUAGAUUAGAACAUGACUCUACUCUUUCACAAAGGCCACCACUCAACAUUGAAGAGGCUAAAGAUCGUCUUCGUUUGCUGAUGCUACGCAAAUAUCCCAGAUCUCUUUUGAUCCUGGAUGACAUUUGGGAUUCCUGGGUAUUAAAAGCAUUUGAUAAUCAAUGUCAGGUUCUUAUCACCAGCAGGGACAGGAGCGUAACAGAUGCUGUAGCUGGCAAUAAAUAUGAGGUUCAUGUGGAAAGUGGACUAGCACAUGAAAAAGGACUGGAGAUUUUAUCCCUGUUUGUGAAUAUGAAAAUAUCAGAACUGCCAGAACAAGCUAACUGCCUUGUAAGAGAAUGCAAAGGUUCUCCUCUUGUGAUAUCCUUGAUAGGUGCAUUAUUACGAGACUUCCCCAGUCGUUGGGAAUACUAUCUCAAACAGCUGCAGAAUAAGCAGUUUAAAAGAAUAAGAAAAUCAUCUUCUUAUGAUUAUGAAGCCCUUGAUGAAGCGAUGUCCAUAAGUGUUGAGCAACUGAAUGACAAUUAUAAAGACUACUAUAAAGACCUCUCUGUCCUCCCAAAAGAUGUUAAAGUACCUACUAAGGUUCUCUGUAUUCUUUGGGAUAUGGAAACUGAAGAAGUUGAAGAUAUUCUACAGGAAUUUGUUAACAAAUCGCUAUUGUUCUGUGAUCGUAAUGGGAAAUCAUUCCACUAUUAUUUACAUGAUCUUCAACUUGACUUUCUUACAGAGAAGAAUCGCAACCAGCUUCAGGAGCUACAUAAAAACAUAGUAAAUCAGUACAAGAAAUAUUACAAACUUAAUACUCCUGUUCCAUCUCAAGAGGAUUGCAUGUACUGGUAUAACUUUCUAGCGUAUCACAUGGCUGGUGCCAACAUGCAGAAGGAACUCCGUGAUCUUAUGUUUUCUUUAGACUGGAUUAAAGCUAAAACAGAAUUGGUAGGGCCUGCUCACCUGAUUCAUGAAUACGUAGAAUAUAGUUCAAUCCUGGAUCAAAAGGAUAGCACAGUGCGUGAGAACUUCCAGGAAUUUCUGUCUUUAAAUGGGCACCUUCUUGGUCGGCAACCGUUUCCUGACAUUAUACAGCUGGGUCUUUGCCAACCAGAGACAUCAGAGGUGUAUCAACAAGCCAAGCUAUAUGCGCAAAGAGAAACAGGAACAUUUUAUUUGGAAUGGAUAAAUAAAAAAUCCUUGAAAAACCUCUACCGUCUGGUUGUUCGUCCACAUAGAGAUGCAGUUUACCAUGCCUGCUUUUCUAAGGAUAGACAAAGAAUAGCAUCAUGUGGAGCUGAUAAAACACUUCAGGUGUUUAAAGCAGAAAGUGGAGAGAGACUCCUGGAGAUAAGUGCCCAUGAUGACGAAAUACUAUGUUGCGCUUUCUCUGCCGAUGGUGAAUUUGUAGCAACUUGUUCAGCUGAUAAAAAAGUGAAGAUCUGGAAUUCAAGAACAGGCCGGUGUAAAUGUGUGUAUGAAGAACACUCAGAGCAGGUCAAUUGCUGCCAGUUCAAUAACAGAAGUGGUCAGUAUCUUUUAGCCACCUGCUCGAAUGACACUUACAUCAAACUUUGGGAUUUGAACAAAAAGUAUUGUAGAAAUACGAUGAUUGGUCAUGAAAAUUCUGUCAAUCACUGUAGAUUUUCACCAAAUGAUGAAUACGUUGCUAGCUGCUCAACAGAUGGAACAGUAAAGCUUUGGGCAGCGCGCUCAGGAAAUGAACUGAAAAGUAUCGAGAUAAAAGAUUUCUUCAAAAAUGCAGAUGAGCAACCAGAUGAUGUGGAGGUUUUAGUAAAAUGUUGCUCUUGGUCCAGAAAUGGUGACAUGAUUUUGGUGGUAGCCAAAAAUAAGCUUUUGCUUUUUGAUGUUAAAACAUGUGGUUUACUAUCGCAAGUCAUCAUAAGUCAUCACAGUACAAUCCAAUACUGUGACUUUUGUCCUGGUGAUGAGUUAGUAGCAGUUGCUUUGUCUCACUGUUCGGUUGAGUUAUGGAAUAUUAAAUCUUUAUCAAAAGUGGCAUAUUGCAGGGGACACAUGAGCUGGGUUCACUGUGUGACAUUUUCACCAGAUGGAUCUUUAUUUCUGACAUCGUCUGAUGACCAGACAAUACGUAUUUGGGAAACAAAGAAGGUGUGCAAGUCUUCUGAUGCUGUGCUAAAAAGUGAACUAGAUGUUGUAUUUCACAAUGGUGAAGUGAUGAUUUUAGCAAUUUACAAUCAGAAGCAUUUGCAACUUAUAAAUGGAAGUACAGACAGUGUUAUUAUGCAGACAGCAGCUCCAGAAUCCCCCAUUUCCUGCUGUUGCUUAAGUGAAGAUCUUAAAUUUGCAGCUUUUGGACAGGAGAGUGGAACAAUAAAGGUAUUACAGUUGUUGGAUGGGAAAGUUCUGAAGUCCCAGGAGGCCUACAGGACAUCCGUGCAGCAUUGUCGAUUUACCUCUGAUGGUCAGACUCUCAUUUCAAGUGCUCAUGAUUCAGUUAUACAGGUAUGGAACUGGCAGUUGAGUGAAUGUGUAUUUCUGAGAGGGCACAAGGAAGCAAUCAAGGAUUUUGGACUUCUGGAAAAUUCAAAACUUCUUUCUUGGUCAUUUGAUGGAACUGUUAAGGUUUGGAAUAUCACUACUGGAAACACAGAAAAAGAUUUUGCUUGCCAUGGAGGUGCUGUUCUUUCCUGUGCUGUUUCACCUGAUGGUAGUAAAUUUUCAUCUACUUCUGCUGACAAAACUGCAAAGAUAUGGAGCUUUGAAAGUUCAUCUGUUCUUCAUGAGCUGAAAAGUCAUGAAGCCUGUGUGCGGUGCUGUGCUUUCUCUCCUAACAACAAAUUAUUGGCCACUGGAGAUGACAAAGGAGAAAUAAGGAUCUGGGACAUUUUAACAGGCGCAUUACUUCAUUUCUGCUCCCCAGUUACUGUUGACGAAGGAGAACCAGCACAUGGUGGUUGGGUAACAGACCUCUCAUUUUCUCCUGACAGUAAAAUGCUUGUGUCAUCUGGAGGCUUUCUUAAGUGGUGGAAUGCAACUACUGGAGAAUCCUUACAAACCUUCUACACGAACGGAACAAACCUCAAGUCAAUACAUGUGUCCCCUAAUUUCAAAGUGUAUGUGACUGUUGAUAAUCUUGGUAUUCUUUAUGUAUUACAGAAGUUGUGAUUAAUGUGCUGAAAACUGCAAAGAUAAUUCAUUUUUUUAAGCUGGAGACAAAAUUCUGCUAAAUGAUUCUGACACUCACUAAGCUGUGAAUUAUAUUUCAUUGUUGUAUUCAUGAUGUUUUCAGGUAUAUUAAUGUACAUUUAUGCAUGUUUUUUCAAAUGAACUUGCAUUUAAUCUGGUUUUUAAUAAGAAUUAUUAUUAUAAUUCUUAAGUCUUGAUUUGCAUCUUAAGUAUGUUGCUUCCAAUUUUGUAAGGAAAUUUAUAUUAAGAUUAUUCAAAUGAGUUGACGUUAAUAUUAAUAGUGAAAAAAUACUAGGAAUCUAAUACUUUGAAAUUGUAUUUUGUGCUAAGUCUGAUGGCUAAAUGCUCUCUAGCCAUGAACACAACUGUGUAAGAUGCAAAAAAAUUUUUUUUUUUACUGUGAUGUAAGGAUUUUCAUUUAGUACAGAAUGGAAAGAACCAGGGACAUCCUUCAUUUGAAAAAUGAAACUAGCUAUCUUGGUGCUUGACGUUCAAAACAAAUCAAGUAGCUGUUCAGUUUACAGCAGCAGUGCUUCCCACUUGUGGUAAGCAACAGUAUUAAAUACGAGGACAGAGGAAAAAGUGGACAAAGGGAAACUGAAGUCUUGGAACACAUCCUGCAACGUUCGGGACAGAUUUGCUUCUACUGUCUAGUUUGGACAGACCUCAUCAGUUCCCUCCCCGAAUAGCUGAAGAUUCAAGGAGCAGGAAGCUCCACUUAGCCAGCGUCCCUUGAUUACGUAGGCUGUGCUGUCCUUAUUGUACAGGACUGUGUCGGGCUGAACUCAGAGACCCAAUGAGGUUUCAGGGGAAAGCCAGGCUGAGAAAGCAGUCUGACUCGGGUGGUUUCUUCUGCCCUCCUGGGACAGAACAUUGCAGGGAGGCCCCUCUGCCCCAUCUUCAAGAAGCCAGUAAAUCCAGAAUACCAGUAGGUCACAGAGAAAUCAGUAUCAGCUAUUAAAUUGCUGUUCUGACUCAGCAGCUGGAUUUUCAUAAUCUGGAGCACUGGGUUUGAGGUACAUCUUCUGGGUACACGUUCAUUCAAAAAGAACGGAUUUAAUAUUGGAAUAAAUUCAGCUUUCGAUAAGGACCUGGAGAAUUUGAGCAGUUCUUCUAACGACUUGAAGGAGAUCAGGAAAGUCCAUGGAACUGCAGAGUUUUAGAGGUCUGCAUUGGCUGUGAUCCUCAGCACUUAAAACCUGGAUUUAGACCGAAUCAAUUAAAGCUCUGCAAUUACUAUAAAAGAUAUAUGCACAACACUAGCCAAGCAACUUCUUAAACUGGAGGAAUCUGAAAUGAGCAGUUGUUCGAAACGGCUGCCCAUGCUGCAGAGACACAACUUACUUAUACCGGCUGAUGAGCAGAGGUGGCACGACUGAGACACGGAGCGUUUCUGACUCGAGAGAACUCCUCUGCUGACCCGUCCUCCUCCAGAGCUGGCAGCCCGACGCGGGCGCCUCUGGAUGCUCUGUGCUCCCACCGAAUGGCCUGGGAAGCAGAUGCAGAGUUGGUGUGACACUUCCAAAAGGACAAAAAGCAAAUGUCGCGAGCGCACACUCUGCUUCACAGAUGCAGGGCACCCAUGUGUGCAUGAAAGUCAGCGCUCUGCUUCGGAUGCACGUUUCCAGUGCUGCGGAAACCUUCUUAUGCUUUUGUUUUCUAGAAGUAGAAAUGUUUGAGCUUAAACCGGCAAGUCAGAAGACUCUUGAAGGAAACAGGUCUGCCUCUCCAAAAGACGCUUAGCACGAAAGUUGUAGACCCUGUGCUCGCUGUAGAAGACAUUGACCCUUACAGCAUCCCAUCGAGCUCCUUAGGAAGGCGGAAAAAAUUUUAGGACCGCGGUGCUUCUGCGGCUGCUACAGUCCUGCUCCUUGCUUGGCACAGCACAGAAGGAACAUCAAUGACAAAUGUGAUCUUUUUUGAAGAUUGAAUUUACUGAAGAAGUUUCCUUUGGAGUUCCGCAGAUGAUUAGUGUGAGCUACCCAUCACAUCGGAUGUGUAGGAAUGUCAAUUAGGACACCCUGUGUUCAAGCACAGAAAGAGAUCUUGUAUGCAAUGGGAGGAUGGAAACAGGCCUUCAACGUGGGCCUUCAUGCUGUUGCAAAAGCCAUCGAUGUAGAUGAGAGAGGAGCGAAUUGUUUGCUCGUGACCUGAAAGCUCCUUGUACCAAAGCAUGCUCCACCUCAAGAAGUCUGCCAGGAGCAACUGAAAUGUUUCACACAUUCCACCUCAUAUGCCCCAGAGAGGGGGCUGCCUGGGCACGCCGUCUUGGGGUACUGCGAAGGAAAGACGUUUGCUGUUCUGGAGACAUGGGGAUGCCACGCUGAUUGUACCUGGAUGAUCAUAUGGACAGAGAAAAAGUCCCCUAAUCCCCUGGAAGAAGGCAAUGAACAGAACUUUGAAACCUGAAUGCAUGCUUUUUCUUCUCUACUAAGUAUGUAUACUAGCAGUUUCCAGUUCUUAUCCAGCUUAAGUCUAUGCAACAAAUGACAAAAGAAUACAGAAAAGAAGAAAAAAGUCUUUGUGUUAUGCAGAGCACCAGUCUAAUCCUUGGCACAAGCCAGAGCGGAAAUUGUUCCAAUUUAUGCUGGUUGUUUUCUAUUCAUAGGUGCAUUGGGCAAUGAAGGAAUAUCUGAUGGAA